AGAUGUAUUAGUUUGAUAUAUUAUAUUAGACAUGUUGAAAGGAAUUUCAUAUAUUUUUUCAAGUGUGUGUUGGAUACACGGUAUAUCGUUAACCCCUAUAUUGGUGAAUGAGGACUUCAUCAGAAGAAAUGUAGACAAUCAGACGAAGACGGAGAGAACCCCUGUGGCUUAGAUAGUUUGUGUAUGUGUUAGUUGUCAUUGGAACUUCUUGGAGAUUCGUUUACAACCAUGAUUCAAACAUGAGCGAGCUACGUGCCGCUCCUUAACGCAGUGGGCCCAAGAGGUCCCCAUCUGAUUUGACUGUAACUGGAAAGUGGGAAAAUUUCAACUUCACAUGAUUUUAUGGGUCUUGGGCAAGAGGAGGAAACUAACUGUUGAACUAUUUCAAGAUCAUUAAGUAGGUACGGAAGUGGUAUUCAAUCAUCCUGCCUGUCACAUCUACUCGGUGGCGUAGCGAGCAAGCCCACUUUGAUAGAUCAUGCCCCCCGACUUCGAGAAGCAGAGUUAUUGGCACGAGAGAUUCUCGUCUGAGACAUCUUUCGAGUGGCUAGCGUCGUCAGAAUCUUUCAUGUCCAUCAUAGAGCCUUACCUCUCGACACCCUCACAUACUUACGAGAACGCACCCCGAAUCCUCCAUCUAGGCUCAGGCACAAGUGACUUACAGAACUGUUUUCGUUCGAGAGGUUACUUAGACGUGACAAAUGUCGACUACGAACCAUUAGCUAUCGAGCGCGGGCGCCAGCUAGAGCAGGUCGCCUUUGGUGACGUAAGGAUGAAGUACAUCGUCGCAGACGCAACACAACUUGCCUGCUACUUCUCACGAGAUCAGAAAUUCGACAUAGUCGUGGACAAAGGCACCGCCGACGCGGUCUCCUGCGGUGGGAAUACGGCCCUUUCCAGGAUGGCUUCUGGCGUGAGGAAAUACCUCGCUGAUAAUGGGAUCUGGAUCUCCCUUAGCUAUUCUUCAGCUCGCUUCCAUAUUGAGCAGCUGCCAUUCGGCGUCGAAGUCAUAACUAAGAUCCCGUUACCUAAACUUAAGGAGAACGAUCCGGAGAUAUACCAUCAUUGCUACCUUCUUCGGCCUAAAUGAAUCGAAAAUGGACGUAUAAUGUUCACUAGAGGCUAGUAAUAGGUAUGAAGUCAUGAAAGGCGAUAUAUAUUAUAUUAACUUGUCCCGUUUGCUAUUGCCCAGAGUUGUGACAGAAAUGACGUGUGGGAGGAAAAGAAUGAAGUGUUAUAAAUAGUUGGAGACGGGACGAAAUCCAUGUGAUGAAAGGUGGGGGACAAAAGAAUAUAUGGCUUACUUAAUAAUGAUAGAGUACCUAC